AUGUCGGGCUUCGACGCAAAUCGCGUUUACUCUGUCUCUGUACACGAGCCAGCAGCUGCCACAUCCCCCGACUCCCCUUCAGAAACCGAGAAACACCUUGUCGACUUCAUUCUGACAUUCCGCGUUGGUGGAGAGUUCAUCUAUCGUGACAAGCUUCGCGGAAACAUCUUGUUAAAACAACACCUGCUUGAAGUCGACCUCCGCCAUGUCAGUUUGUACAACGAUGAAUUGGCUCAUGCCAUUCAAGACAGACCCGCAGAAGUUCUUUCUCUGUUCGAGAACGCAGCCACGAAAGUCGCGCGUAACAUUCUGUUCCCUUUGGCCGGCCAGUCAGAGGAUCGCACAGAAGCAGCCACAGAGGCCAUCCCCAGAGUACAAGUAACAAUCAAAUCAGGUCUCAACCUCCUCCAAGUCCGCGAACUCACCGCGAAUACAAUGAACAAACUCGUUCGAAUGCCUGGGAUCGUCAUCUCUGCCUCUGUCCUCUCAUCACGAUCUACCAAACUGCACUUACAAUGCCGGGCGUGUCGUUCAGUCAAGAUAAUUUAUCCUCAAGGUGGUUUAGGUGGUUUAGGAAGUGGGUCAGAAAAGGGUCUACCCCGUGUGUGUGACGCGGAAGACCCAACAGGGCAGAAGGACUGUCCUCUUGAUCCAUACCUCAUCAUCCACUCCAAGUCCACGUUCGCCGACCAGCAAGUGCUGAAACUACAAGAAGCGCCCGACAUGGUCCCUGUUGGAGAGCUGCCUCGCCACAUGCUUCUCAGUGCGGACAGGUAUCUGACAGGCAAGGUCGUUCCAGGAUCUCGAAUUAUUGCGUCCGGCAUCUACUCGCAGUUCCAAUCCUCCAAGAACAAAAACGCCAGUAAUGCUGCUCUGCGCCAACCCUACCUCCGCCUCGUGCAUAUUGAGUUGAUGUCCCCUGCUGGGGCUGGAGGAUCAAAUCCCUUCGGAGCGCAGUUCACCCCUCAGCAAGAGGAAGAAUUUGCCGAGAUGGCGAGGAGUGAGAACUUCUAUGAACGCUUCGCGAAGAGUGUUGCCCCCAGUAUCUAUGGAAGUCUCGAUAUCAAGAAAGCCAUCGCAUGUCUACUGUUUGGGGGCUCGAAGAAGGUCCUGCCAGAUGGUAUGCGACUAAGAGGAGACAUAAAUGUUCUCUUGUUGGGUGAUCCUGGUACUGCGAAGAGUCAACUUCUGAAGUUUGUCGAGAAGGUGGCGCCAAUCGCGGUAUACACGUCUGGAAAAGGCUCGAGUGCUGCUGGUCUUACAGCCUCCGUUCAGCGUGAUUCUGUCUCGCGCGAAUUUUACUUGGAAGGCGGCGCCAUGGUCCUAGCCGAUGGUGGGGUCGUAUGUAUCGACGAGUUCGACAAGAUGCGUGACGAAGACCGAGUUGCCAUUCACGAAGCAAUGGAACAACAGACCAUCUCAAUAGCCAAGGCCGGAAUUACCACCGUGCUGAAUUCGCGUACGAGUGUACUUGCUGCGGCUAACCCAGUGUUCGGAAGAUACGACGAAGGCAAAAGUCCCGGAGAGAACAUUGACUUCCAGACAACAAUCUUAUCUCGAUUCGAUAUGAUUUUCAUCGUCCGAGAUGAACAUAACGAAACUCGGGAUAAGAUGAUUGCUAAGCACGUCAUGAACAUCCACAUGAACCGACAAAAUUUGAACGGCGAUGAGGACGGCAAUGCCGUCGGUGAAAUCGACUUGGACAAGAUGAAAGGGUAUAUUGCCUAUUGCAAAAGCAAAUGUGCGCCACGGUUAUCCGCAGAGGCACAAGAAAUGCUUAGCAGCCAUUUCGUCAGCCUGCGGAAGCAGGUCCAACAAGUCGAGCGGGACAACGACGAGCGCAGCUCGAUUCCUAUCACCAUUCGUCAACUCGAGGCUAUUAUCCGUAUCUCCGAGUCCCUCGCCAAAAUGACUCUUACCCCAGUCGUCCUGAAUCACCAUGUCGAGGAAGCCAUCCGGCUGUUCAAGUUUUCGACGAUGGACGCAGUUUCCGCAGGCUCCGCCGACGGACUUUCUAGAGGAGAACUGAAUGAUGAGAUGACUCGGAUUGAGCGGGAACUUCGACGACGACUUCCUGUUGGAUGGAGUACGAGCUACCAAAGUCUCAUCCGUGAAUUUGUGACACAGCAAGGAUACUCGAGCCAUGCUCUCGAGAGGACCCUUUUCAUUUUGGAGAAGCGGGAAGUUAUCCGAUUCUCUGGUCAGAAAAAGGUUGUUCACCGAGUGGGUGUUUGA